UCCAAUCUCAGGCAAGACGUCCCGGAGAACAUCAGCAGCGUUUACUUUGUUCUUGCUCAGCUAAACUUCAAAAUGUCCUGGACGCAACCUGCUCUUCUCACCUGUCUCGUUGUUCUGUCCGCCAUCACCUUGUUUCAUGGAACCGACAGCGCCGCUGUGUCAGAUAGGAGCGAUGCAAAGGCAGCCAAUCCUCAAGGUGCACUGAGGAAGAUCUUCAUGCCAGAGUCAGAUGCCUCCAGCUUCUUCAAACGGCGAGGCAGGAGGUCUGUGAAAACUCAGGAUGAGAUAAACGCUGAACAGAGACAGAGACUGGCCGCAGAUAAGAGAAGGAGGGAGUAUCAUGAAGAACAAAGAAAUCAGUUUGAGAAUUACGCCGAGGAAGAGAGUGAUGAGCAAGACGAGCGCACCAGAGAGAAGACCGAGCAGUGGAGAGAGUUCCACCACGACGGCCUCGACCCAUCUUACGAAUAUAACCGACACACGAAUUGAAACAGUGGAUAGAUAACUACAGGGAUACGGGUGGAGAGCUUUAAUGCCUUUACAGAAACGUAACUACUUUAUAUCAUAUUUCUGUAAAGGUUUUUUUUUGGCACAAAGUGUGUCAUAAACAUGCAAGUUAGGCUACAAACUAGCGCGAAAGAACGUGACGUUAUUAUGUGCUCUUGUAUCAUAGUUAUAUUUACAAAGAUGUACAUUUAUUCAUAUGCAGGCUAUUCAUAACCCUUUAAUGUAGGUCUCAACUCGCCAGUUUUUGUUUUAUUUUUAUGGUUAGUGUAAAUGGUAACUUACAUUUUCCCUGCAUGACAAAAUUCUUUGCACAAGUUAUAUAUAUAUAUAUAUUAAAUAAUUUCUCAAGAAGCUUAAUUUCUGAAUUUAAAAGUAACCUGAUUUUAUAUUUGUACUGGGAUAAUGUAAAGUGCAUAAUUACAUUCAUUAAAUGUUUGCAGUGUAGGCAAGUUUGUAACAUUCAUUUUGGGUAGAAUAAAAGCUAUCCAAAUAAAUCUGAACAACAAUAAAACUGGUUUAUCUUUGCA